AUAUACCCAAAUAAUGUCCUUAUCUCUUUAAAUGAGUUAUACCUGAAGGAUAGACUGACAAUUGUGUUCCUUAUUUACUACUGAGAGAUUAUACACGAUAAACACUAUCGUGAAAUGAAAAUUAUAAACUGUUAUAUAAUUAUAUUUACUUUUGUGUGAAUUUGCUUGGAUACCAAAUUAGUGCACUUAACGUAAAUAAUUUUGAACGAAUCACGGCGUUUUUUGUGUUUUGAAGAGCAAUUGAAAAUUUUAAAAUCCUCGUAAAAAACGUACCAAUUAUCUGUAUACAGACCUUACCGUCGUAUAUUGAAUCAUUUUCGGCAGACAAAAAUCACGAUAUGUUUACCAACACCGUAUUGGCCACCGAUCGGUCAGAAACAUUCAAUGCUAAAGUGCCUUACGGUGCAAAAUUACUAACCAUGAGUUCAAACGGAUCUUACGCGGACAUGAUUGCUACCAAACCGGAAUAUAUCGCCAACACUGAUACGAUUAUGAAAUCAAAGAUGGCAAAGAUGGCUACCGGACUGAUAAAAAACAACCGAAACAGUACUACCGAUUGUGACUUUACGCUUACAAAAGUCAAACGGCUUUCACAGGACACCCCAUAUUUUUGUAUGUCCAAAAAACCAAAGCUUACUACGACUACCGACAACUAUGCGACAAAAAAAUUAUGUAAACGCCUGACGAAGACAUCGAUACCAUCGAUUUCCCUCGUCAAGAAAACACCACCUCGAGUAGACAAUCCGAGUACAAUGAUUGAAACAAUCGACAUAGAUUCGGCCGAGAGCAAAAACGAUAGUUCCUCCUUAGACGACGUGCCGCGAGAUUUGAACGAGAAAAACAAGAAACCGCCUUCAUACGAUUCAUUUCUCACUCGCACGACGUGGUACAGCGGCGACACGAUCAACGCGUAUUUAAGUCUAAUUGCAUCGCGUUCGCCAGGCAAAGUGCACUACCUGAUCACCGAUUUUAUGGAGGUGCUUUCUCGACGGGGAUACGCUGGCGUGAAAAGAUGGAUCAAAAUCGAUAUACACUCGUUAAGACUCUUGUUGGUGCCGAUGCACGUGAACGGCAACCAUUGGACCAUGUCUGUGGUCGAUGUACCCAAAAAGACCAUAACGUUUUUUGACAGCCACAACUCCUACAAUGGUCCCUACCCAUCGUUAUUGAGACGAUUUCUUAUUGACUGGGUGAUCGAAAACUACGGAUAUUCUUCCCAGUGGAUUUUAUGCUACGGAAAAGCGGUGCAACAACGCAACGGUUAUAAUUGCGGACCGUUCUCUUUGGAGCUAGCCGAGAGGAUGUCCAGAAACGACGACACGCCGAUCAACCCCUUCACAAUGCCUUUUAUCCGGUUAAGGCAUAAAUAUGAACUAGAAGCCGGCACGUUGUUCCAAUUUUGACGUAUAUUUGUGAUCAUCAAGAUUCAAUUUUACCGAUCACGGCCUUAUUUGACCUCCGUUAAACGACCUACUCGUCAAAACUCAUUAAAACAUGUAAUCUUAUAACUCUAUUUUUCUGCCCCAGUCGUUAUACUUAUAAUUAGAACUAUCGUUUUUAAUUGGAUUACAUGCUGGGGAGGCCUUUUUUUCAAAUUGAAAACGUGUUUUUUACUAUAUUCAAUGUGCAACGUUGAGUUUUUAAUAUUGUAUUAACAUCGGUUCGAUUUCGUAAGAAAUGUUUUACAUUUUGUAACUUUUUUAUACAAUUUUUGUACUAUAAUUUUAUGAUAGUAAUUCUUUUGUAUUUACAAACAAUUUUAUUUAUUUUUUUUGUUAUUUUAUAUUUAUAUUAGGGUUGACAUUUUAUUUGUUUUCUUAUGUAGAAUUUUUCUUUUUAAUUUAAACUAAUAUCGAUUGUAUAUUUAAAAUGUGAUUUAUUAUUAUCAAUUUUUGUGUAUAAUUAUUUAAAUAAAACUAUUAUAA